AUGAGUAAGAUUAAAGCUACCAGUUCUCUUUUUGGCCUUCUAAUGGUGGUGGUGUCCAUGGCCUUCUUCUACAAGUCUUCUGAAGCUACUGCUAUCCUUCAAAAAUUUCAUGUAUACAUCAUCAACGAUUUGGAUGAAGGAAUGGAUUUGAUGACUCAUUGUAGAUCCAAGGAUGAUGAUUUGGGUUUGCAUACCCUUGCCAAAGGCCAAAAUUUCACUUGGGAUUUUCAUGUAAAUUUCUGGGGGACAACACUGUUCUACUGCGAAUUCCAGUGGGGGAACAACGUUCAUGGAACUUUUGAUGUGUUUGAAACCAUAAGAGAUGGUGGUAGGUGCCUUAAUAUCUGUUAUUGGUAUGUGAGAACGGAUGGUUUGCAUUUCACCAAUAAUAUUAAAGACCCAGAUCCUGAGCUUGACUAUCGUUGGCCUUAA